AAUGUCUUCGCCCGUUAGACAAAUUAAAUGUGUUGUUGUAGGGGAUGGUACUGUUGGGAAGACUUGUAUGCUUAUUUCUUACACCACAGAUUCUUUUCCAAGAGAAUAUGUUCCAACCGUUUUUGACAAUUAUUCGGCUCCAAUAACUGUUGACGGCCAUUCUGUUAAUUUGGGGCUUUGGGACACUGCCGGACAGGAGGAUUAUGACAGAUUACGGCCUUUAAGUUAUCCUCAAACGGAUGUUUUUAUUCUCUGCUUUAUUUCUUUUGAUAAUGUAAUAACUAAAUGGAUUCCUGAAAUUAGGCAAUAUUGUACUGAAUCCAUUCCUAUUGUUCUUGUUGCUUGUACAAUCACGAUGAUUUUGAUGUCAUUCGAUUCAGCUCGUCGAGCUCUUUCGAAUGAGCUAUGUUUUGAGAAAUUCGUCGGGUCCGCAAGUUUCGGUCCGCAAAAAUCGGUCCACAAGUUUCGGCCUGCCUUAUUUAUUACCUUGACCCUGUUUUCUUUUUCUCAUCAAUUCUCUUUUGCAGUUAACUAUCAAUCAUUCAAAAAAGGUUCCGAACCAAACUCUACCUAUAAAAUUCAAAAUUACCAAAAAUUCCUAUUUUUCUUCAAAAUAUUUUUUGGAUUUUAUAGAAAAAAUUUCAAAAAUAUAUUCCUCGUUUCAGGUACAAAAAUCGAUCUAAGAGACGAUCCUGCAACUUUAAGGGCGCUACAAAACGAAAAGAAAACAGUAAUUUCCCGAGCACAAUGCCAAAAAGUAGCUGCUAAAAUCAAAGCUUAUGCUUAUUGUGAAUGCAGUGCUUUAACCCAACAAGGCCUUCCUAGUGUUUUUGAAGAAGCUGUUCGGGCAGUAAUUGCUCCACGGCCAAAAAAGAGGCGAAGAUGUUCGGUUAUUUAA